CAAAAAUAUUCCCACCCCAACCUCGCAACCCCGCCGUUCGUUGCCAGCCAGGAGCCAACGCCCGCGCUCCCUCGUCCUCGUCGUGACCCCCUUCCCCGCCUCCCGGUGCGCGCGCUCGCCACGACGCGGCACGACACAACGGCCGGAGCGGGCGCGCGGCCGCGGACGUCGCCGGUCGCCAUGACGGAGUCGCGCCGCCCGCCGUCCGGCUGCGCGAUGUUCGGCAUCUACAGCGGCAUGUUCCGGCGACGCCGGUCAAACUCCAUGUCCUCCAUCGCCCGCAUCAACGGGGUCCCACCCGCCACCGCCGAGCACGAGCACGAGGCCGAGGCCAAGGCGGCCUCCGCGCCGGCGAACCAGGCGCACCGGAAGGGCGGCGGCGUCCACGACGACUCGUCCCUCGCGCACCGCCCGGCCAAGCCGCUCCCAGGGACGAACAACGGCGCGCAGCGUGCCCAUGCACCGGCAAGCGACAGGGCCGUACACGCGACGAAGGCGGCGAACGGCGGGGCGAGGAAUGCGGCGUCGGCGGCACCGGCCGCGGAGUACACCGGGAUGGCAGCGGAGCUCGACAAGAUGAUCCUCGAUCACCAGAGGGUCAAGGGCACCACGCAGCUGGUGCGCGCAACCUCCGGCAACAUGAUGCUCCACCGCAACCUCGGCAACCUCAAUGCCGGCGUCCCCGGCGCGUCGGCGCGGAGCUCGCUGGAACGCAACCCCGCCAACAAGCCGGCGAACGAGCGGAAGGCCACCAACGGGUACGCGUUCUCCGGCCUCGGGAACAUCGUCAAGGAGCCGAGGGCGCCGCCGGCGUCGUCCGAGCUGUGCCGCGCGCUGUCGCACCGGACGGACCCCGAGAAGCUCAAGGAGAUGGGCAACGAGGAGUACCGGGAGGGGCAUUACGCGGAGGCGGUGGCGCUCUACGACCAGGCCAUCAUGGUGGAUCCAACGCGGCCGGCGUACUGGAGCAACAAGGCCGCCGCGCUCGCCGCGCUCGGCCGCCUCAUCGAGGCCGUCGGCGACUGCAGGGAGGCUGUCCGGAUCGACCCGUCGUACGGCCGCGCGCACCACCGCCUCGGCGGGCUGUAUCUCAGAUUAGGAGAACCUGACAAGGCAAUCCACCACUUCAAGCAAUCGGCGAACGACUCGACGGGCGCGGACGUGUCGCGCGCACAGUCGGUCAAGAGCCGCGUCGCCAAGUGCGGCGACGCGCGCAAGCUGAGGAACUGGAUCACGGUGCUGCAGGAAUCGCAGGCCGCCGUCGCCGACGGCGCCGACUGCGCCCCACAGGUCAUGGCGUUGCAAGCCGAGGCCCUGGUGAAGCUGAGCCGGCACGACGAGGCCGACGCUGUGCUGGGCGGCGCGCCGCGGUUCGGCGUCGACGAAUCGACCAAGUUCUUCGGCACCGUCGCCCAUGCCUACGUCCUCAUGAUCCGUGCUCAGGUCGACAUGGCUGCUGGGAGGUUUGAGGACGCGGUGGCGACGGCGCAGACGGCGUGCCAGCUCGACCCGAGCAACCGGGAGAUCGCGAACGUGCACCGGCGGGCCAAGGUGGUGGCGUCGGCGAGGCUGCGCGGGAACGACCUCUUCAAGGCGUCCAGGUUCGCCGAGGCGUGCGCCGCCUACUGCGAGGGCCUCGACAGGGAGACCGGCAACGCCGUGCUGCUCUGCAACCGCGCCGCGUGCCACGCGAGGCUCGCGCGGUACGAGAAGGCCGUCGAGGACUGCAACGGCGCGCUCGCCAUGCGGCCGGCGUACAGCAAGGCGCGCCUCAGGAGGGCCGACUGCAACGUCAAGCUGGAGAGAUGGGAAGCGUCGUUGCGAGAUUACCAGGUGCUGAUCCAAGAACUCCCGGAGAACGAGGACAUGAAGAAGGCGCUGUCCGAGGUCGAAGCCAAGCUCCGGAGCCAGAGGAAUGGGGGCAUUGCAAGCAGAUCACAACAGUGACGCCAUGCUUCUUUAAUCUGUCGGCUACCCGAAAUCAACUGCAAGAUCUGAAGAGGACAAGACUUUGGACAAAACAAUGCAGCACGCACCAUUGCGCGGUUUGUUAGUGUCAAGUCAGUAUGAUUCUUUUUUUGUGCACUAUACGCCAAAUUACAAGAGAAUUGAGAGUAAUGAAACUGUACAUAAUACUUGCUGCACCGAGAAGUAUAGCUAGUUAAUUUGAAUGUGGGUUGGCAGUGAUAGCAACCAUGAAAGUUUCUGAAGAUUUAAGUUUGCCUCACACAAAAAACAUACUGGGUUGUACUUUGUACUACAAAACUAAUAUCCAUCCCAAACAGAAAAUGAGUGAGUAUCCAUUUGAGCA